AUGAUUGACAAUAUGAUUUAUGAGUGUGACCAAUGUCAACGUGAGGGAAAGUCUCUGGGUUCAGUUGCACCACUCCAAACAAUAAAAGUGUCUGCUGUUUGGGAGCUGUUGGGGCCCUUCCCCAAAACUACUGAUGGCUAUCAGUACAUAUUUACAGCCACGGAUUAUUUUUCAAACUCAAUGCCCUUUACAAAACAAACAUCCUCAAAAACUGGAGGAAGUUUCUGA